AUGCCUCUUUUUCAUUUCCUCCUUGGAUUGGUUUUAGGCUUCACCAAUUCUAUAGCCGGUAGCCAUGAAACCUCACAUAGAAAACUGGGUAAUGUUUCAUGUCCAUUGAAUAUCAAUGCUCUCCAAAAACUCAUCAGGGAGAACUCUCUACCAUUCCCCAAGCAGGAUAUUGCAACUGAAUGUCAGUACAUGCUGCAAGGAAUGCGUCUGAUUCGAUCAGAAUAUCUUCGAACCAGUGGAUUGUUUUCACUGUCUCCUAAUGUCUUGGAUGUCUGCUGGGAUUCAUAUGAGAAUCUAGUCAAUGAAUUCAUACCAGGGUUUGACAUCAAAUCCACCUGUGGCUUGAAGUCCAGUUUCAUUUCACAGACUUAUAUGAACAUCACAACAAAGUCUGAUUUUGAGAGCUUGGUUUCAGCACAGGAGUUGCAGCAAAUGAAGGGUUCUUGUGAUCAGUCUUUGAAGAAUAAUUCUGCUUGUAAUUCCUGCGUGGAACGCUUGUCGACUGUUCGUGCCUCUUAUUUCAAAACCCCUAAUGAUGGGAAUGUUUCGGACCCCAACGGGUACCCAUUUAUAUAUGCUGCAGCUUUUGCUAACAGGUUUGGACCAACUGAUAUAGGGACUGCCAAGUGUUUAUUUCUGCUUGAUUUCUCUCCAUCUAGGAAAAAGCCUAAAAACUCCAAUGCAGUGAUGUGGGGGAUCAUGACGGGUUGUUUCCAUGGCUUUGUUGGGGCAGUUAUAGUGCUUUGGUUUCUUUGGAUAUGGCACAAGAAAUGGAAGAGGACGAAAAAGGAGAAUUUGGUUCAAAUCGAACCAUUUUCAAGUGUGGAGCUGGAAUCCUGUGGUAGAAAUUCUUCUUCAUUAAAGCUCAGCUUCGAGGAAAUUCGAAAGGCUACAGGGAAUUUCUCAAGGGAGAACAUAAUUGGUAUGGGAGGAUUUGGGAAUGUUUAUAAGGGGAUAUUAGAAGAUGGGUCAGAAGUUGCAUUGAAAAGGUUCAAGAACUGCUCUGCUGUUGGAGACCAACUUUUUGCACAUGAAGUGGAGGUUAUUGCCAGUGUAAGGCAUGUGAAUCUUGUGGCUCUGAGAGGCUAUUGUAUUUCAACAUUGCCUAGAGAAGGCCACCAGAGAAUACUAGCUUGUGAUUUGAUGCAAAACGGAAGCCUCUACGACCAUCUUUUUCAACCAGAAUUCAAGAAGCUUAGUUGGUCGAUUCGCCAAAAGAUUGCGCUUGGAAUGGCUCGCGGAUUGGCUUAUUUACACCAUGGAGUGCAGCCUGCUAUCAUUCAUAGAGACAUUAAAGCAAGCAAUGUACUUCUGGAUGAAACAUUUGAGGCAAAACUGGCUGACUUUGGCCUUGCAAAGUUCACACCAGAAGGACAGACACAUGUGAGCACAAGGGUGGCUGGGACACUUGGUUAUGUGGCUCCUGAUUUCGGGGUUGUGCUACUGGAGAUUUUGAGUGGGAAGAAAGCAGUUAUUGAAUUCACUGACGAGAACAGGCCUUUGUUAUUGGCAGAUUGGGCAUGGUCACAAGUGAGGGAGGGCAGAGCUUUUGAUGUCUUUGAUGAAGGCAUGCCUGAGUUAGGCCUACCAGAAGCAAUGGAGAGAUAUGUUUUGGUUGCUGUGCUUGCUUCUCAUCCAGUAGCAUAUGUCAGGCCAACAAUGGACCAAAUUGUGAAAAUACUAGAAAAUACUAUUCCAAUUCCCUCCAUCCCUGACCGUCCAUUAUCUCUUUUAUCACACACUGAUGAUGCAGAGAGAUCUUCAAGGAGCUUCAAUGGUUUGUAUUUACAAAUGCAACUCAACAGACCAAAAAUGUAA